AUGACUGUCACCAAUGGCCUAAAGUCCAACAAGACAACCAUUUUAGUAGAUUUGGGCGGUAUCUUCGUGCACCCACCAUUAAACCACAAAUUAACAACGGCGGGCUCAACAAUCAGCCUAGGCAGAGUCCUUUCCUCGUCAAUAUGGAUGGACUACGAGGUAGGAAAGCUAGAAGAGGACGACUGCUUCCAACAAGUCUCAGUCCUCUUUGGUUUCCACGAGAAGGACUUUAGAGCCAUGGUUUCCGACCUCCGCGAAACUCUCACAUACGACAAGCACAUGCUCGCCGUCUUCCGAAAUCUCAAAACCGAGAACCCAGGGGUAGAGAUAGUGCUCGUUUCGAACAUCUCAGAACCAGAAUAUCGAGCUCUACGCCGUCGCUGGGAUUCUUCGUUUUGGGAGACAUUCGAUCAUAUAUUCACCUCGUGGGAACUGGGUGUGAAAAAGCCGAGUCUUCGGUUCUAUCAGCAUGUACUGCGGGCUACACGAGCCUCGCCGCACAAGACGCUUUUCAUCGACGACCAGCCGGAGAACGUCCUGGCCGCGAUGUCUCUCGGAAUGCGCGGCAUUGUGGGGACCGACGAUCUACCACGGAAGCUGAAAAAUUUCGUUGGCAAUCCCGUCGAGCGCGGACUUGCGUUUUUGAGACAAAAUGCCGGGAGGCUGUUUACGACUACUUCAGCUGGUGAUACCAUUGACGAAAACUAUGCGCAGCUUCUUCUCCUCGAGGCGACCGGGGACGAGAGCCUGGUGGAUCUAAAACGUCCUCCACGGCUGUGGAACUUCUUCUCGGGCAAGCCAAAGUACACAAGCCAUAUCUACCCGGAUGAUAUGGACUCGACGGCUCUCGCACUGACCGUAUUGGACUAUGAGCCCGAGCUCGCGCACUCGAUUCUCGAUGAGAUGCUGAAUUACGUCAAUGAGGACGGACUCAUCCAGGUGUACACCGACCGGUUCCGACCACGCGUCGACGCAGUCAUCGCGCUUAGUGUGCUAGUCGCAUUCCACAAGUACGAUCGCGGCUACGAGCUUCCUCAAAUGCUCGACUGGGUCUACAAUAUACUGCUUCAUAGAGCGUAUAUGCAUGGUACACGCUAUUACCAGAGCCCCGAAUGGGUCCUCUACUACGCGGCUCGGCUGUUGCGUUAUUCAAAGGACCCGAGUCUGCGAAACAGGAUGGAAGGGCUUCUUCGAGCACGCGUAGCUGAGCGCGUGGGGGCCGAGGGCGAUGCGUUCUGUCUGGGUAUGCGCCUGCUUGCGUGCAAUUUCCUGGGGAUUGAGAAUCAUCCCGAUAAGGAGCGGCUUGCAAGUAUGCAGCAGGAAGAUGGCGGGUGGGAGGCGUCGAUGAUGUAUCUGUUCCCAACGGAUAAGAAGGUAGUUGGGAAUCGUGGAACGACGUCCGCGUUGGCUGUCAAGGCACUGCAGGGUGGGUUGUGA